AUAAUUCAUUAUAAAUACUCUUGAUAAAUAAAACAAACAUUAUAUGAUACAUGAUUUUUUAUUUUUUUUUUGUACAAAAUGAAUGUAGAUAAUAAUAUUCCAUGCCAAUGGAUGUACACAUUAGAAGGAAAUUGUAAAGAAAAAAAUUUGUUAAUUAAGAUAUUGAAUAUAUCUGCUAUAUGUUAUGGUAUAUUAGCAUUAAAAAAUGUUUUUUUUAUUAUAUGGAGAGUAUAUUUAAGGAAAGUCGAAAAAAGAGGUUGUGCACCAUUAGAUUAUAUGGUAACCUUCGCAUUUAUAUUCAAUUUAUUAAGAAGUGUUGAUAAUUUCAUAGUGGUGUACAAUUUAUUUCCUGAAGCAAUUAUAUUUAGAGUAUCAUUUUUUGCAAUAUCUUGGAUACCUGGAGCAACAGUAAUAUAUUUAUAUUUAGCUGUAGUGUUUCGUACAAUACCAAGAUUGAUUUUACAUAGAUUAACAUGUAAAGAAAAUACUUUAUGGAUACUAAAUACUAAAAAAAUUACCCCUGUAUUAUGGACAUUAUCAACAAUUACUUCUAUUGGAUUAAUAUCAAGUUCUGUCUUGGCAGGUUAUUUUCUCAAAGAACAAAAAGUAAAAGAAAUGAUUAUAGCAUUUUCCGCACAAAUGUUUUUUUUUUUAUUUAUUAAUUUUAUUUGUUGGAUUUUGUUCCUCUAUUAUGGUAGAAUUUUAGUUAAACUUACAAGGGAAAGUUUAACUUUAGCUGGUAUGAAUGAUGAACGAAAAGAUAUUGAAAAGAAAAAAUUCGAUAUUUACAUUCACAAGAUGAAAAUGUUUAAUUAUAUUUUUGGUGGAAUAAGUUUAUUGUUUGUAUUAUGUUUGAUUCCCAUAACAAUUUUUUAUAAAAAAUUUCUGAUGGAAAUUUUCAUUACAAAUUUAUUAUACUGCUUGACUUGUAAUGUAUAUUCCAUAAUAAUGGUUGGAAUAAUAGGAUUCUUCAUUAUUUAUUCGGAAUUUAAAUCAAGAAAUUUAGAAGGAAGGAAAGAACCUGUUCAUAGUACGUGGAUGCAAACAGAAAUUUCUUAUCAAAAUUUAUCCCGUCAUAUUUAAAUAAUUAGUACUAAUGUUACCUAUCUUUUCUUAAAAUAAUUAUUGUAAAUAUAAUUAUAACUUUUUUUUUUUUUUAU